UUAUGUUACGCACACACAUGGAUAUUUAAAUAUAACAAAAACUUAUAAUAAACUUAAGUUUUUAAUGUUAUUUACAGUUUCCUUUUAGUGAAUACUUUUACUUAAAUCUGAAGUGUGUGUAUUUACAAAAAAGUGGCUAUAAAUUCAUAGUUUAUUACAGGGACUAAGUGUUUUAUUCUGUGGCGGGCGCCGGUUGUGAAGUUUCGGUUCGAUUUCUAAAAAAGCUGUGAAUUAUUCUAAAAUCCCACAAAAAAAAAAGGAUUUGUAAAUUUAAAUACUUUGUUUUCUCUCAGAUUUUGUGCGAUUAAGCAUAAUCACAGCUGAAUAUCUUGUUUUAGAGAUGGUUGUUUGGUCUGGUGUACGUAAAUUUAGUGCCGUCGCCUUUGGUACCGGAGCUGGUUUCAGUGCUUAUUUAUAUCAACACAUAAAAUCGGAAGAAAGGCAGGUACAUUCUUCGUGGACAAACAGCGAUAAACCGAUUAACCCUUUUGCGAUAUGGGAUAGUAACUGGGAUUUCCGCAAUCCAAGGCAUCUAGUUAAACCUGCAAAGAAUGAUUCACCUCAAGAAGAAAAUCGUUACAACAGUGAUCUUGAAAAAUCAACGACCCGCUCGGUACGACAUAUAAUACUGGUACGUCAUGGCGAGUACUUAGAUGCCGGCGAGACAGAUGAUACUCACUGCCUUACGCAGAAGGGUUGUAUACAAGCGAAAUAUGCCGGUCAACGUUUGCGAGAGAUGGGUGUAAAAUGGGAUAAAAUUAUUGUGUCGACAAUGACUAGAGCUCAGGAAACAGCAGAAAUUAUCCUUAAAGAAAUUGAUUUUGAACCUAAAAAAGUAGUAAAUUGCCCUUACAUACGUGAGGGCGCGCCCAUACCUCCACAACCACCGGUUGGUCAUUGGCGUCCCCAAGAAUCGUUCUUUCGCGAUGGUGCACGCAUUGAAGCAGCUUUUAGACGCUAUUUUCAUCGGGCAUUUCCUACUGACAAAAAAGACACUUACACAUUGAUCGUGGGUCACGGCAACGUAAUACGUUAUUUUGUCUGUCGCGCUUUACAGUUUCCACCUGAAGCUUGGCUGCGCAUUAAUGUUAAUCAUGCCUCCAUAACUUGGCUCACAAUACAACCAUCUGGUAAUGUUACUAUAAAAUGCUUAGGUGAUUCCGGGUUUAUGCCUGCGCAGUAUUUAACAAAUCGUAUACCAAGUGAAGCAAAAAAUGUCGUUUAAAUUGUAUAUGAAGACAAUUUAUAAACGUUCUUCAAAGGAAUGUAGACAAGUCGACUGGUAUUAAGAUCAAAAACAAAAUGCUGAAAUCUUUUUAAACGUAUACUUAAAGUUGAUUUGAUUGUUAGUAUUAAGAGAAAAAUUGAAAAUAUCUUUAGAAUGUAUUAUUGAAAAAAAUAAAGUUUUG